AUGAACAUCAUGGGCUUCGAUAAUUAUCUCGAAGAACAAUAUCAAGUUCCAUUUUUAGCUAAAAUUCUUCACUCUUUACCACAUCUUAAUAUCACACUUCAUCGAACAAACAACACUUUUCGGCCGACCGAUGAAAUAUAUCUUGAGAGUCUUGGUCUAUUGGGAUCUAUUCCCGCAGCUGCUCUCAUUCUUUCACUUUUUUGUCUACUCCUUUAUUUAAUGUCGCGAUGUUGCGAUCGAAAACCUCGCCCUGCACAUUCCAUCACGAGUCUCAAAGUUACAUUAUCUAUAGUCACUGUUUUGUGCUGUGCAGCAAUAGGUCUCGGAUUAUAUGGAAACGAUGAUUUGCAUAACGGCUUACUCGAAAUGUUAACGGCAGGCAGAAAAGUAGACAAUCUUGUGUCUUCAGUUCGAAAUCAAACGAAUGCACUUGAGCAUACAUUAACGCAAAAAAUAAGACCACAAUUGACGGAAUUGGCAGACGUUUUUGAUGAGCCUGUGUCAAAUCAAACUGCUUUGUCAUUACUCAUUAAUUCAUUGGAUAUGGUGCAGAAGAAUAUUACAAUUGCUACGAAUGCGGCUGGCGACAUAAGGAGACCGUUGAUGGGAAUUUCCUUGAAUCAUGUCUUGAAUAAAGGAGAUCAGUAUGAACUUAUAAGAUGGCCUGGAACUGUUGCGAUAUUGGGACUUUUACUCAUUUUAUGUGCUGUUCUGCUCGUCGGUGUUGCACGACAUUCACGCUGUGCAUUGAUCUUGUUCUCUGUAUGUGGACUUGUAGCUGUCACAGGUUCAUGGUUAAUGUCAGGAAUCUAUUUAUCCGUGUCUGUUGCAAUUGGCGAUUUAUGUGCUGAUCCAGCUGAAUAUCUUGUCUCACAAUCACCAUCUGGAUUACCAGCAGACGUGCUCUUAUACUAUGCACAAUGUGAAAGUCAUCGAGCAAAUCCAUUUACACAACGAUUAAGGGAGUCUCAAACUGCAAUUAACAGUGCUCGAAACUCGAUGAAUAUUGUGUCGAAAUAUUCAGUUCAAUUAUUCAAGAAGGCAGGAUUACAACCUAAAUUGAGCUCUGUUAUUUCCGAUUUGAAUACAAGCGAACGACUCUUGACUGGUUUAACUGCACUAGUGGAUUGUAAGCUUAUACACUACAAUUAUUAUGUCGGUACACGUGGUUUAUGUGAAAGUGGAUUGUUCGGUCUUGUUUUAAUGCUCAUUGCAAGUUUCCUGGCUGCAUGUCUACUCACAAUAAUGAUUUUCAUUGACUCGCACACAUGGAUUUAUAUUCGCAAGCGCAAUGAUUACGCCCAAGUUGAAGAGCAGCAACAGUAUGCAAUUGCACAACAGCAGCAACAACAAAUGCAAAAUCACCAGACAAUGGCACAUCGAACUUUACCAAGACAGCAGAAUGGACCUCCAGUCAUUAGUGGAUCCCAUACACUGCAACAUCCAAAUAAAAAUAAACAUCAUGAAGGCAUGAUACCCGCUCAUCAUCAUCCUCCACAAAUGCGACCAAUGGGUAUGGGGACCCAAACUCUAGGCAGAGCUCAUCAUCAUAGUCCGAGCCAUAUGAGACAAAAUAGCGCUUGUACAGACCAUACUCAUCCUCAUCCUCAUAUACAACCGCAGCAAAAUAUUUACCAAACUCAACAGCAAAUUCAGGUUCCACCGCAUGCACAUUAUAAACAAUAUAAUCCGAAUGUUUCAUUUACUGAGCAGUUGCCACCACCGCCAGUCAUAACUACAGCUGCUCAUCCUCCUACCAUUUCUGGAAAUCCAAAUUAUACACCUCAACAACAGCUUUAUAUCCAGCAACAACAACAGUUGUAUGUUCAGCAACAACAACAAUAUCAAACAUUAAGGAGAAAACAACAAGCACAAGCUGUAGCUCAAGCUCAAGCUCAGGCACAAGCUCAAGCACAAGGUCAAAUGAAUCAAAUGCCUCCUCAGCAAAUUUAUCAACCAAAUCCAAAUCAACAGGAUAAGAAUCAACUUCCACCGCCUCCGCAAGUAACCCAACAAUUAGUUAUGACUCAAUCUCAACAAAUUCCACCAAUUCAACAUCAACAGUAUGUCACAUCAUCUGGUAUGAAUUAUACUCCAGCUACAAUGGCUGUUGUGACUGCAAAUAAUGCAAUUUAUGUUCAGUCAUCACAAGCUCCACCGAUUCAACAGCAUGCUAGUAUGGAUAAUAAUAUGAUGUAUGAUCGUGACAAACAGAUUUAUAAAUGCUCAACGCUCGGACGUUACGGUGCAAAAUUUAAUUCACAACAUCAACAGAACUUGGUUCCAGCAGUGAUUCCAACUGUUCCACAGUUACCAAAGUAUAAUAAUCAAGCACAAGUUACGACUGGUGCAGUAACAAUACCAACGCAAAUGACAACAAAUACUCAAGUAAUGAAUAAUGCGAAUUUAAGGCCAUCAAUUCAAAACUGUCCCUUACCCGACAUUCCGUCAGUGGGAACGUUUAAGGGAAAUAAUGAUGACAUAGGUAUAGGAACGAAUAACGAUUUGCCACAUAACAGAUUUUAUACACAGAAAAGGCCGAUUGGAGGAAAGCCUGUACCUCUGCCAAAAAUAAGCUCAUUUGAAUCAAAUCAACCAAAUUAUUUAAAUAGCAACAUCAAUAAUAAUAAUAACAAUAAUAAUACUAAUAUUAAUGGAAAUUUAAACAAUAAUAAUAAUAUUAAUAUUAAUCAACAGCAACAACAACAGCAACAAUCGAGUAGUGAUAAUAAUAGCAAUAUCAAAAACUCCAUUAACUCUAAUAAUAUUUCAAUCGUAAAUAACGCUCCAAACAGCCAAAUGAAUACAAAUCAACAGCAGCAACAAUUAAUGCAGCAGCAGCAACAGCAAAAUUUACCACCACCGCCACCACCAACAGAUGAUAAUUACGCCGUAACGGAAUUAUGA